GAUAAGUUGCUUAUCUGAGAAUUCAAGUUUUAGAAUUGUGAGAAGAGAGUAGUUUGACUGUGUAUAAUAUCAUUACCAAAAAGAAAUCAUUGUGUCGAACUCUGUAUUGGAUUUUGGGUUCUAGGGGGAAGGAGGAGUGGUGGUAUGAAAUUAGUUUGAGUAUUCUUUUUUAUGGCUUUGAUUUCUAUGCAUUUAUUGUAAGUAAAAGAUGUAUUGCAAUUUUAAGGAGCACGCGACAGAGUAUGUGAAGCAGGCAGUUCAGGAGGAUGAUGCCAGAAACUAUAGCAAAGCAUUUCCGCUCUAUAUGAAUGCAUUAGAGUACUUUAGGACCCGUUUGAAGUCUAAGAAGAAUCCGAAGAUUAAGGAAGCGAUUACUCAGAAAUGUAUUAUGGAAUAUUUAAAGAGCACAGAGGAGAUAAGGACUAUUCUCGACAAUGGGGGAAGUGGGCCUGCCCCCAGUGGUGAUGCAACAAUUGCUAGCCAACCAAAGACGAAGUUAGAGGGAGGAGUGGGAAAAGAUGUGAAGGAUCCAGAGCAAGCAAAGCUUAGGGCCAGCCUUGAUUCUGUGAUAAUUAGGGAGAAACCAAACAUGAAGUGGAGUGACGUGGCCAGGCUUAAGAGUGCCAAACAGACAUUGCAAGAGGCUGUAAUACUGCCUGUGAAGUUUCCCCAAUUUUUUACUGGGAAGAGAAAACCGUGGAGGGCUUUUCUAUUAUAUGGUCCACCUGGAACUGGGAAGUCCUAUUUAGCAAAGGCAGUGGCAACAGAAGCAGAUUCAACUUUCUUUAGAUCCAGCCACCACCAAUCACAAGAGCAGAUUUUGAUAAAGUACUUGCAAGACAGAAGCCAACUGUAAGUAAAGCUGAUCUUGAGGAGCAUGAGAGAUUCACAGAGGAGUUUGGGGAAGAAGGCUGAUUGCUUGAGUUUGAACACAAGGACUGAUUAACCAUUUGUACAGGUAAAACCACUAGUACUAUAGGUAAAUGAAAUACGUAUAUAUAGUCAUCAAUAUAGCUUGUAAUAGAAAGUUCAGCAUCUUGUUAAGAGAACACCGUGCCAUAUUGUUUCAACCUUUCUCUGUCUGUCUCACCAGAAAAGGAAGAGGUGGAAAGCUCUUAAUUGAUGUACAUUCGAAACAAAUUGCUACCGGUUUGCCACUAGAUGUUCCUAGAAACAAUAUCCUAGCUGCUGCUGGUACCAAAUUGGUAAUUAACCAAUGAUGAACAUCUAAAAUAGACAUAGAAAACAAGUUGCUAUAUGAUAUUGUUAAUGAAAAUUAGCAAAUGAUUACAGCUAAAAAAAUUUACAGUAUUAUGAAAGAACUAUUGUGAUACUAUCUUAUUGAUUAUGCCCCAGGGCGCCGCCAUUAAAAGCAAGGUAACCUAAAGAUAAAACUCUUGCGUUUGGAAUGGAGGGAGAGAAGGAAGGUGUGGCGAACCUUUGUAAAAUUAAGUACAAAUGGUAGUAGCUAAAGGCUCCCCUGGACACGCUCCAGGUGAGCUUAUCUGGGACAAAAAUGGUAAUUGGAUAAAGUGUUUUUCCUUCUCUACUUAGGACUUACUUUCAGUGUUCAGGCUGAACUCUGGGCUAUUGGCUAUAGACUACAACUUUUGUGGCGAAUGGAUUAUUGCAACAUUCUAUUGCAUAAUGAUAAAUUAUAUACAU